UUUUAAAUUACUGAAUGGGGAAUUGUUUCUUAUAAGAGGAAGAAAAGAAUUAGAAAUCUUCAAUAAAAAAAGUAGAUAGCUUUUUGGCAUAAUAAAUUGAGAAAAGGAAUGAGAAAUAAAAGGUGACCUUGAAAGAUUUUUUAAGUUAAGGUGAAAUAGGGAGAGUAAUUAUAAUGAUUGAUAGAAAUAAUAGGGAAAAUUUGGGAAGGUUUUAAGAGUGAAAAUGAAAGGGAAAGAUAAUCGGGAAUAUGCUAUGAAAGUAAUUAAAAAAGCUGAUAUAUUAAAAUAUGGACUUGUGGAACAUACAAUGUUGGAAAAGAAUGUAUUAGGUGCAAGUAAAAAUCCAUUCGUUGUUAAAUUGAAAUAUUCAUUUUAAACAGAAUAAAAACUUUAUUUAGUGAUGGAGUAAAAUAUAUUUUAAUGAAGUUAAGAUUUAUUAAGGGUGGGUAAUUAGCGAAAGUAUUGAGAAAAAGAUAAUAAUGUAGAUUUACAGAAGAAUAAACAAAAUUUUGUGCAGCUGAAAUAGUAUUAGGUUUAGAAUAUAUGCAUAAUACUCUAAGAGUAAUAUAUAGAGAUUUAAAGCCAGAAAAUGUAAUGGUGACAGAAGAAGGACAUUUAAAAUUAGCAGAUUUUGGUCUAUCUAAACAAUAUGAAAAUGAAGAAGCUAAAUUUUUUACUGUAUUAAAUAUUCACUUAAAUUAAGCUUGCAGGAACUCCUGAAUAUUUAGCACCGGAGAUAUUAUUUAAUUAAGGUCAUAAUCAUAUGGUUGAUUUUUGGUGUCUUGGAAUUCUUAUUUAUGAAAUGUUGGUUGGUUAGACUCCAUUUUUUGAUGAUUAAGGAAAUCAUAAAAAUAUAGAAAUUAAUAUUAAAAAUGGAUAAAUUAAUUAUCCAAAAUUUAUUAGUGAAUAAUCUAAGAGUAUUGUGGAUAGAUUAUUGAAUAAAGAUCCUACUUAAAGACUAGGAGCAAAAUCUAUUUAAGAAAUCAAAGAUCACAAUUUUUUUAGUGAUAUUAAUUGGGAUUAAUUAUAUAAAUUAGAAAUUCCAUCACCAAUAUUAGAAAAUACUCAUGUUUAUGUAUUUUUUAAAUCUUAAUAAUUUUUUAGCCUUAAGUAAAGAAAGACUAAUUUGGUAAGAGAAUUUAUGAAACACCAUCAUCACAUUUUAUAGAAACUAAUGGAGAUUUCAAAGGUUUCUCAGCAGCUUAAGAAUGAUUAUAU